CUCCACAGGAAGAAAACAUUAACAGUACACAAAGCUGCGAGGAUCUUGCUACAUCCGGUGCCAGCGCGAUAAGAGGCACACUGGCGCCCUUACCCAAGUGCCGCUUCAUCUAAUAUUAACACAACACUUCACCAUACUAGAGGAGUGAUGACAUGCAUGAGCACCACAGUUUCUAUUCUUUCCUCGCCACACCCACCGAGGCUUGAAGUGGCGUGUUGAGGCCCGCGAAGCACCCAGGGCUCAAGACACAAACCACUUUGCUCUGAGCAGCACCCGGCCACGGUCGCCUUGGUUAGGUGCUCUGGCCAGCAAUUAUUUGCGAUGCAGUUCCUUGUGUUCCUCGCCAUGGGCGUGGCCGUGGCCCAGGCAAGCGCCACGCCUCCCACAGCUGAGGAGAAUAGCUGUUCAGGCCUCAAGGACGAUCGCUCCCUUCUGUCCAGCCUACUAGCGGUAACUGGCUACAGUGAUGCUUGCGUGGCCGCCGCCCUGGACUUCUGUAGUAGUGGACAAGAGGACAGCCGCUACGCGUCCCUCAUGGAGGAGGCGAGGGAAGUGGUGCAGCAGGUCAGUGCUGCUGUAAACAAAUGGGAGUCUCGGCCGCGUCACUGCAAGGACUUACUGGACUCCGGGGACAGCGGGAGCGGCCUGCGCCAGGUAUACCCUUACCCUGGGCGACCCCACCACCGCGUGCCCGUGUUUUGUGACCACACCGUCGACGGCGGGGGAUGGACCGUCUUCCAGCGGCGCACCAGUGAUGCCGUCCGCCAAGAUUUCUACCGCACUUGGGUCGAGUAUCAGUUGGGCUUUGGUGACCUGGAGGGUGAAUUCUGGCUGGGCCUUGACCUUCUGCACCAGCUGACCUCCACCACCCUGCAGCAGCUACGAAUUGACCUGGACGAUUACGAGGGAGAACAUCGGUGGGCCAAGUAUGGAUUCUUCCACGUGGGCGCACCAGAGACCAAGUUCCGCCUCAGUGUUGGAAGACCUAUAUCCUUCCUGCAAUACUGGGACCAGAACUGCACAGUAUAAUGCACACAGCAGAUGAGGUCUGAUCAGCGCCAAAUAUAAUUUUAAUAUUGCUUCGGUAUUUUUACUUUUAAAGCCACUAAAAUUAAUCCCAAUAACCGAAUUGCUUUAUUUCUGGCCUCCACGCAUUGUUUUCUUAGACGGAGACGAGAACUAACUAUGAGUCCUAUGUCUUUUUCAUUCUUUGAAUUUAACAUCUCAUCUUCUUUAUUGCAUGCCUACUGUGUGGGUUUCUUCUAUUUACGCUAAGUACUUUGCGUUUGUUAGUAUCAAACGGCAUUUGUCAUCUGUCUGUCCAUUCGUUCAUCCUAUGCGAUGGCACCCGAAUCUGACCUAAUUCAUCUACCAAUUUCGUGUCAUCCGCAAGUUUACCAACACCGCUAUUAAUGCCACUAUCCAGAUCAGUAAGAUAUAUUAAAAAUAACAAUGGCCCUAACACUGAUCCCUGCGGCAGCCCACUAAUUACUUGAUCCCACUCGGACCUUGAGCCGUUUAUUAUAACUCUGUUGCCUGUCGCCAAGCGACGAACUUAUCUAGCCUAACACCUUCUCAUCUAUCCCGUGCACCCUAGCCUUUCUGUCUGUUUUAUCAAAUUAUUCUCAUCUAAAUGCUUCCUAAUGUUCCUCACGAUUACUGAUUCCAUUACUUUACCUGCCAUUGAAGUUAAGCUGACUGACAGGUGUAUAUAAUCAGACGUUAACGUUUUAUCUUCUUUCUUAAAGAUGGGCACUACAUUGGCCUGCCUCCACAUUACCAGUACCUCUCCUGAGUCCAGUGAUUUGCUAAACACGGUAACUGGCGGCUCACUAAUAACCUCUUUGCAUUCCUUAAGUACUCUGGGAUAUAUUUGGUCUGGUCCUGGUGACAAUUUUUUUUUUUCAGGCCGUUCCACUGUCUCCUUAGUUAUGAAAAUAUACAUCAGCUUUUCAUUCUCUUCUGCUCUAAAAAUCAGUUCACUCUCCAGCAUUUCCUGCAUGUUUGCCUGGGUGGACAAUUAAAAAAAUUACCUGUUCAGAAUUUUAUUCAUCUCUUCCCCAGAACAAACUAACUUUCCAUUACAUGCCUUAAAUGGACGUAUUGUUUCUCUAUUUUUCGUCCUAUAGUUAGAUAGAUAAAUAGAUAAAUAGAUAGAUAGAUAAAUAGAUAGAUAGAAAGAUAGAUUGAGAUAGAGAUAGACAGAUAUAAAUAGACAGAUAGAUAAGAUAUUAUCUCUUUUUUCUCAUGUGUGUGUGUGUGUGUGUGUGUGUGUGU